UCCACCACAUUCUCUUGUUUUUUGACCAGACAAUCUUCCUCUAAAUAGGGGGAUCUGAGCUUGUUCCUACAAACCAUCAACAUUUUAGGUCCAUUCAUUUGGAUAUAAAUUUCACAAUUUCCUUCCACUCUCAGCAUCAGAUAUCAGAAGUACACAAUAAAUUGUGAAAAUGAGUGCUAAAAUUACUCUCUUGUUUUCUUUAGCUUUUGUCCUUCUGUUCUGCAAAGCCAAUGCCGCUAACAUUACCAAACUGUUGAACCAGUAUCCAGACUUCAGCAGUUUCAACGACUACCUAACGAGAACUGGACUAGCCACUGAUAUCAGCUCGCGCCAAACGAUCACGGUCCUAGUUGUAGACAACGGCAACAUUUCCCCGUUAUCCGGAAAAUCGGAUGCUGCCAUCAAGAAGAUCUUGAGUGUUCAUGUGAUUCUUGAUUAUUACGACGUGAAAAAACUUGAAAACUUACCGAAUAAGACGGCAAUUCUUACUACACUCUACCAAUCCAGUGGCCAGGCCACUGGUCAACAAGGAUUUCUCAAUGUGACAGAUGUGAGUAGUGGAAGUGUUGCCAUUGGUUCUGCAGAAAAGGGUGAAUCUUUGGGGGCUAAUUUAGUUAAGUCCAUUGCUUCACAGCCAUAUAAUAUAUCACUAUUACAAAUUAGUACUCUUAUCAUCCCAUUGGGAAUUGACAGCACAACCUCAAAGAAUUCGACUUCUCCUUCACCAUCUCCAAGGCCUGCUUCUAGCCCGAAGAAUUCUCCGAGUCCUAAGAAAUCGCCCCCAAGUGAUUCUCCAUCACCCUCCAAAUCCCCCGGUUCGCCUCCUGUGCCUUCUGAUGCACCAGCUGCAGAUUCACCAGCACACGAUUCCCCUAACGAAGGCACGACUCUCCAGCUUAGUCCGUUUGUCAUGUUUAUAAUAGUAUCUUCAGCUGUGUGGCUCAUAUCAACUAUAUGAACUAGCACUAGCGUUAAAUUAUUCCAAAGUUUUGCCUUUUGUUUUGAUAUUAACAUUUUCAUUAGAUAAAUGGAUGGUUCUCGAUUUAAAAUGGAAAUAAGUUGUAUCAGAUUUCUAUCUUUUUAAUGAGAUCUCCAAUUCUAAUUUUUUUAA